AUGGACAGUAGUGAUAUACGUAAUGCACUAAAAGAAGAUAGGCCUAUAAGUGAAAGUGAUGUUGAAGGACUGGUUGAUGUUGAUGAUCCGGAAGAAGUAGGCAGUGACAUUGAUGUGAAUUAUCCUUCAGAUUCUGAGCUAUCUUUGCUAGACUUUUCGUCAGGGAGUGGUGAAGAGGAGUAUAUUGUGCCCGAUUUUAACUUUUUAGAGACGUCAGAUACUGACGAAAAUCUUGAAACAGAAAAUGAACAACAAGACCCUAAUGCAGCAUACCAUGCAGAAGAUCAAAUUGUUACAAGUAAAAAGGGACUGAGAGGCAUGAAACCGGUUUUGAUUCACCAUUACAACCAGUUUAUGGGUGGUGUAGAUGUAAACGAUAAAUCUGUGUACCAUAUGUUUUGCAACCGCACCACUUCCAAGUACUGGAAGAAGCUGUUCUUCAAUUUUAUUGAUAUUGCGCUCGUAAAUGCUUACAUUCUAUACAAAGAGAACACUGACAAACCUGUAUCAAGAAGAGAUUUCCACAUAUCUAUUGUAGAAUCCCUCGUAGGCGAAGCAACCUGCGAUGCCUUACCUGGACCAGUUCCUGGACCCCAGGGGGAUUGCGGUGACCACCGACUAGAAAAACUGCAUCAAGGAAAACUAAGAUUGUGUAUCGUUUGUGGUCACACCAAAACCAGAGGCAGAGGCAGGUCUUCAUAUUGGUGCCCCGGAUUUCAGCAAACUUCUUCAAGUUCUUCGAAUUCUUCAAGUUCGGCACAGGAUUCUGGCCCCAUAAUCAAGGCUUGUGAACCAGCAGCAAAUCUAGCUUUAGAAGAUGUCAACAAGGCUAAAGAUUUACUGCCAGGAUACAAGCUCAAGCUGCACUGGAAUGAUAGUGAGUGUGACCCAGGCCUGGGGGCCUCAGUCAUGUACAACUUGUUGUACAACAAACCGCAGAAGCUCAUGUUACUGGCCGGCUGCAGCACAACAUGCACUACGGUCGCAGAGGCCGCAAAGAUGUGGAAUCUUGUGGUGUUAUGCUAUGGAGCCAGUUCCCCAGCGUUGUCGGAUCGUAACAGGUUCCCGACGCUGUUCAGAACUCACCCGUCGGCCACUGUACACAACCCUACACGCAUCAAACUCAUGGAGAAGUUUGGAUGGUCCAGAGUGGCUAUACUGCAACAGGCCGAGGAGGUCUUCAUCUCGACCGUGGAGGACCUGGAAGCCCGUUGUAAGGAGAGUGGUAUAGAGAUUGUGACUCGUCAGAGUUUUCUGAGUGAUCCAACUGACGCAGUCCGCAACCUGAGACGACAAGACGCUCGUAUUAUCGUGGGGUUGUUCUACGUUGUGGCAGCCAGGCGGGUUCUAUGCGAGAUGUUCAAGCAACAGCUCUACGGCAAAUCUUAUGUCUGGUUCUUUAUAGGCUGGUACGAGGACAACUGGUUCGAGGUGCAGAUGGAGAAAGAACAUAUAGAGUGUAGCAAGGAGGAUAUGAGACGAGCAGCCGAGGGUCAUAUCACCACAGAGGCGCUCAUGUGGAACCAGAACAAUCAACGGACCAUAUCCGGCAUGACCUCGGAAGAUUUCAGAGUGCGCUUGAAUGAUGUUCUGCGGAAGGGAGGAUAUGAUAUUGACAACCUAAGGUAUCCAGAGGGAUAUCAAGAAGCCCCCUUGGCUUACGACGCUGUGUGGUCAGUAGCGUUAGCUUUUAAUAAAACAAUGCAGAGAUUGAGCAGAGUUGGGAAAACUCUGAAGAACUUUACGUACACUGAUAAAGAGACUGCUGAUGACAUUUAUUCUGCCAUCAACUCAACUCAAUUCCUUGGCGUAUCUGGUUACGUGGCCUUCAGUUCCCAAGGUGACAGAAUUGCUCUUACCCAGAUAGAGCAAGUGAUCAACGGAACUUACGUCAAGCUUGGCUACUACGACACUCAGGCAGACAAUCUCACCUGGUUCAACCGAGAAAAGUGGAAAGGUGGGAAGGUUCCCCAGGAUAGAACAAUAGUCAGGAGGGUCCUCAGAACCAUAUCGGUACCACUGUUUAUCUGUAUGUGGGCAAUCUCUAGCAUCGGAAUUGUUGCUGCGAUAUGCCUCAUCAUCUUCAACAUCUGCUAUAGACAUCGCAGGGUGAUCCAAUCUUCCCAUCCUGUUUGCAACACCAUCAUGCUUGUGGGAGUCAUAAUCUGUCUCUCGUCCGUGUUCUUGCUUGGACUUGACGGCCAUUUUGUCUCUCCACUGGUCUACCCUCUCGUCUGCCAGGCUCGCGUAUGGUUCCUCUCGCUUGGAUUCACUCUCGCGUAUGGAGCCAUGUUCAGCAAGGUGUGGCGAGUGCAUCGUCUCACUACCAAGGCGAAGUCCGACACUCUGAAAAAGAUUGAACCGUGGAAGCUGUACACGAUGGUGGGAGGUUUGCUCGUCAUAGACCUUGUGUUCCUCCUCGCCUGGCAGAUCUAUGACCCGAUGCAGCGGAGAAUCGAAGUGUUUCCUCUGGAAGAUCCGGUCAACACUGACGACGACAUCAAGAUCCGCCCGGAACUAGAACAUUGCGAGAGCGACAGCAACAAUGUGUGGCUUGGUCUAGUCUAUGGCUACAAAGGUCUAGUGUUGGUGUUUGGACUGUUCCUGGCCUAUGAGACUCGCAGCAUCAAGGUGAAGCAGAUCAACGACAGUCGCUACGUCGGGAUGUCCAUCUACAACGUGGUGGUUCUCUGUCUCAUCACAGCACCCGUCACUAUGGUCAUCGCCUCACAGCAAGACGCUAGUUUUGCCUUUGUUGCCCUGGCUCUGAUUUUCUGCUGCUUUCUAUCAAUGGCCCUGAUUUUCGUACCAAAGGUUAUUGAGAUCAUUCGCCACCCGAGAGACAAAGCAGAGUCCAAAUACAAUCCAGACGUUGGUGUUUCCAAAGAAGAUGAAGACAGAUAUCAAAAACUCCUCAUUGAAAAUGACGAACUGCAAAAGUUAAUAUCUCAGAAAGAAGAGAAGAUCCGCCUACUGAAGCAGAGACUUACGGAGAAGGAGAAGGGCGGCGGAGGUGGAGGCGGAACUUUACCCGAGCAGACAGCCGGACUCCUGACGGUAAAUAAAGACACUUUGAUAGUAGCUGACUUCAUCACAGACGCAGGAACGUCAGACUCAGCGUUUGGUGGAGGAGUAUCCGUGUACACCCGUUCUUCCCGGGCCAGCGCCAGCGACUUUGAGUUUUCCGAAUCUUACCUUUAACAAUCUCCAGACCAAGCCAUAUUGUAGCCUCCUUUGAUGUAGUAACGCUCCACUUCAUUCUAAAAAUGUUUCCCACUGUUUAUGUUACGGGUUGAGGUAGAGUCGUAAUGUAGCAGAUUUUUUGUAGCACAUCGGGUUGUGUGAGCUGAACAAAUGAAGAGGGACCAAUACAAGCCGAAAUCUAGUGAAAUGAUAUGCAGCAAUCUACUUGUUAUUUGUGUUUAGAUGAAUUAAAAACAAUGUUUUUUUGUUUUACUUUUAAAUUUGCUUAUCUCUAUAUUUAUCAUAUUUUAUUAUCACUUUUUUAUCAUAGGGUUUGAACACUACAAACAAGCAGUAAUUUACUAAUACUAGUCGACUUAACUUAUCUUUAUUUUUUACUAAGCACUAAUUGAUUACAACAUUACCACUAUAAUAAAUUAACAACUAACUAUAUUUAUUUACACUUAUAAAAUGAAUUCUCUGACCUUUGUAACAAUAAAAAUAAACAAAUUCCUUUCAACAACCAAGGCAUGAAGUUUUGAAUUAUUUAUCAAGUAA